GCAGAUCACUUCUGCACGAAUGCGUUUGUUGUCUAAAAUUUGAACUUAUUCCUAUUUCCGAAAUAAGGGAAAUAGAUUAAGAGAGUAUUAUUAAUUUAUUAUAGAGUAUCUGAGUAUGUUAUCUAUUCCCCUACCGAAAUCUAUUGUGGCAUAGGCUACAGAUUCAGCAAUGAAUUCUACCCAGCCACUCAGCAAUUCUUCUUGGGUUUUUUUAAGAGACAAAAAAUAUCAGUUCACAAGUUUGGUGAUUCUUUGGAAUUUAUAUCCAAUGGCAGGGAAUGUUUAUAAUCAUGUCUGCUGUAGUCUAUGCUGACUCGGUAGUCUCAAAUGUUGUCUGUUUGAUGAAAACAAAAUGCUUUUAUAAAGCUCACCAAUCACUACAUGACACAUGCAGUUCUUGUUGAACUUGAUCAAAUAUGCAUUAGUCAUAUGGAGAGGGAUAGCUGACUCUUCUUUAGUCAGGAUGUUAGCCGCAGAAAACGACUUGCAACACAAGUUGACCCGUUGCAAUGUCAUUUAUACCACCGUGAAAUUGAAUGUGAGUAUCGAAUAUUGUCAACUUCCGAAUAUCCAAAUAAGGAAAAAUGACCGAAAUCGUAGGUACGAAAAUACUAAGUGAUUCGUACUCUAGUGUUGACACUUCAGAAUGCAGUAACCAGGACGCUCACGAUAUCAAUUUCAAAAUCGACUUGGGUUGGUUUAAUUCGUUGCUCGUCUGGGAGGGUGGCAUCGCCUUCAAUAUCGUUUACUGGUUUGUCAUUCUCGCCAUUUUUCUCACUCUGUUUCACCUUCUUCGUCGAAAAUUUAACUGGCAAUUUCUCCACGAAAGGUUUGUUGGAUCAGGAGAGACCACAGCUGACGCAAAACCAUUGAACUGGGCUGAUUGGUUGACUCUAGCCGUUGACGAAAAUGCAAUUGGAAAAGACGGCGCAACAUAUCUCUGGUUCCACUAUCGUCUUAUUCAAGUCUAUACUUGGAUGAUGGUCUUCGGCGUGGCUUUGAUAGUUAUUCAUAGUUUUGGAAGCAAACUAGGACUUGAAAACCUGUUAAGUUAUACAUCACUUAACAAUGUCGGGCUAAGCGGGGUCCAUUCCUUACUCUCCUUUGCUAUACUGGCAACAUUGGCUUGGGUGAUGACAAGACACGGAAACGAUCGGCGUAUCAGAACAUUGGUCAGUCCGAAUGUACCAAACACGGCCAGAGUUUGUAAUCGACAAUGGUUGAAGAUCACUGGACUUGGACGGGAUGUAACGAUUGACUCGCUCUACGAAUACCUGAAGAAGAAGUUUAAUGCCCAGGGGAUAACCCGUGAAGGAAUCGUUUUUGCCAAUGAUCUUACAAAACUGUGGCCCGUUUUAGAUCAACUGAAUACUGUGCGAGACAUCAAGCGGCAGUUACUAAUCUCCCCCUCCGGACCGGAAUUGAUUCAACGGCGAUUUUGGGAUAAAAACAACAACGAAGAAGACGCUACGGCAUAUUAUAACAGGAAAGAAAAUAUUCUCUUAGCAGAAAAAGACGCUAUGAUCAAAAACUUGGAAUUUAUCGGCACAGCUUUCAUCCGAUUUGACGAUCCUGCCCAAGCCAAAGCGACGAAAAUGGCUAUCAUUAAUCAUCAACCGAAAUGGUUUCGUUACUCUAUUAUGCCGCAAAAAGAAGAUGAAUUUCGACUACGUCAUUGGACCGUGCGAUAUGCUCCACCUGGUUCGCACAUUAAUUGGCAGCAAUUGGAAGGACAACACUCUAUUUGGAAAAAAUUAUCUGUCUUGCUGAUGUUACUGAUUGCCUAUUCAACUUAUAUUACUGUGAUGGCCACACCUGGCUUUAUUGUCCGCUCUCUCUACUUGGUAGGGGAAGGAUCAAACCCUGUUUCAUUAACUUGGAAAAUUUUCAUUCUACCAAGCAUUGUAACUUUCAUCACAACCGAACUGACAGACUUGGUGACUAAUCUAGACCUCUACCGACACCACUUUUGCCUGGCAAGUAUUGAAAUAGGAAGAUUGCGGUCAAUUUUCUACCUGUCGAGUAUACUCUAUUUGGUUCGAAUGAUGGCGGUACAGCCACUACCUUUACUGUUUUCUGGCCAGUUAUUCGACAGCCAACAUUUUCGCUUAGAGUGCCUCUUCUUUCCAGAACACGGCAGUUUCAUUGCUUGCAGUAUUAUUGUUAACACAGCCAGUAGGAUAUUGAUGGAUCAGACGCGCUUCCAGUUCCUCUUUAAUUACCUCAAGAAAGUGUUCACCUUCCGUUCACAAGGGGAGCACAUUGCCUGGAGAAAAUCUUACAGACUUGAGUUUGAUUUUGCUUCCCGCUAUGCCGAGCUAACUAGCAAUUUCGUCCUGACCUGCCUUAUAAUAAUCAAUUUCCCAGUUAUAGGUAUUGUGUCUUGGAUUAGUUCGAUUCUAACUUUUUUGAGCGACAGAAGCGCCUUGAUGAAUAUCUAUGCAGUUAGCAGUACCAAUCCCAAUAUACACCAAGAGCCAGUAAACAUUGUCCUAAGUUUGUCCAUUCUCUCUCCCCUGGCUUUGCUGAUCUACAGGAUUGUUCAGCUUGGAUCCAACUUGCCUAAUAACUUGCUAGACGAUCGAUUCAUUGCUCCUCUUUGUGUUACCAUUGUAUGCGCACUUCACUUAAUUUACGCAUUCCUACGAUAUUUCCCCAAACGGACAUGGCUACGCCGAUGGGUCGGCUAUGUUGAAGACGACGAGGAGGAUAUGAUAGAUUUAAUGAGUAAUGCUAAGCACGAAUACGACCCCAUCAAAGCGCUUAAUUUUGAAAUCCAUCAAUCUGUCUAAACUUUUCACGACGUAAUGAUCCAAGUUCUCUGCCUCUCCCUCCCCAUACGCUAAAUAUUCUUGUAACGUUCUUAGAAUCAAAAUACAUGGGAAUAUAAAUCA